CGCUCUUCCUUUACUUUCGAAAAACGGCGCUUCCGCCUGGGCCAGAGACUCGGACGAGGAGACAGAGCUGCGGGACCGAGAGGUCCCCGCGCCCGCCCCCGCGCCCCGCGCCCCCGCCUCCUCCCAGGACUUCUCCGUCCUCCGGCCCGGCCCGGGACCCACCUCCGGGAGAUGCUCUGAGCCCCGCGGCCAGGACACGCAGGCGCGCCCGAGGGCCUGGAGGGAUGAUGGGGCCCCGAGCUCUGGCACUCACCCUGGCCAGCUGCCUUCUGGCCCUCACCUGCGACACGGUGCUGGCCCCUGUGCCACAUGAGCACCCAGAACCCCUGGAGCAGGAGACGACCACGGGGCCACCGCUGGAGCACACUGAGCGUGUGGAAGAAAAACAUGAAAAAUACAGCCCCGGCCAGGACGAGGAGACCCCCGCCUCCCGCUGCUUCCGCUGCUGCGACCCCAGCCCCGCGCUGUACGCGGCCGCACCCCAGAUCAACAUCACAAUCCUAAAAGGUGAAAAGGGGGACCGCGGGGACCGCGGCCUGCAGGGGAAGUACGGCAAGACCGGCUCGGCGGGUGCCCGCGGCCACGCGGGCCCCAAGGGGCAGAAGGGGGCGGUGGGGGCCCCCGGGGACCGGUGCAAGAACCAGUACGCGGCCUUCUCGGUGGGCCGCAAGAAGCCCCUGCACAGCACCGAGUACUACCAGCCGCUCAUCUUCGACACGGAGUUCGUCAACCUCUACGGCCACUUCAGCAUGUUCACGGGCCGCUUCUACUGCGCCGUGCCCGGCGUCUACUUCUUCAGCCUCAACGUGCACACGUGGAACCAGAAGGAGACGUACCUGCACAUCAUGAAGAACGAGGCGGAGGCCGUGAUCCUCUACGCGCAGGUGAGCGACCGCAGCAUCAUGCAGAGCCAGAGCGUCAUGCUGGAGCUGCGCGAGCUGGACGAGGUGUGGGUGCGGCUGUACCGCGGCGAGCGCGACAACGCCGUCUUCAGCGACGAGUUCGACACCUACGUCACCUUCAGCGGCUACCUGGUCAAGCCGGCCGCCGAGCCCUAGCCCCGGCCAGGGAGCUCUAGCCCCGCCCCAGCCCCGCCCCCGCCAGGGAGCUCUAGACCAGCCCCGGGACCGGCCCCGCCCCUGGAGC